UCUUCCGUUUUCCGUUGUCUCUUUCUAUUUGUAUUCUUCCUCUGCCAGGCCUCUCACCCAACUUUAAAUUCUCUGUUUCUUCUUCCCCCACCUCCUCAUCUUCUACCUGCAGCCCCGAGAAGAAGCUCUGAAAGAGAUGGGUUUGGAGAUUAUGGUGCCCAACACGUGCAUUAGGGGCUGCUGUUCCAGCUCUUCUAUUCCUCUCCAUGUUCCUCCUUCCUCUUAUUCUCUUUUAGCUCCAAUUGCCAAAGGGGCGGAGAGUCUUGUGUACGAAGGGACUUUAGAUGGGAACAAGGUUGCUGUCAAGAAACCUAUCCUGUCAACUACGGAAGAUAUCAACAAGUUCCACAAAGAAUUACAGCUGUUAUGGUCUCUCUCUCACGCAGCAUCUUCUGUUUGUAUAAUCCUAUUGGGGUCUUUGCAUGUUUGCAAGUUAGAUCACCCGGCGAUAGCAACGCUAAUUGCUGCUCAUGCAAAGCCGCCCAAUUACCUCUUUUUCUUCAAAUUCUAUGAAUCUCUCAACCUUGCACAAAAGUUACACUUGGAAGAAUGGACCCCGAGUGUCAGUUACGCACUUAUGAUAAUAAUUCAGUUAGCUAAAGCUUUGCAGUAUCUUCAUAACCUUGGGAUACUACAUAGAGAUGUGAAACCAGCAAAUAUUCUUCUUGACGAAAAUCUUUAUCCACACCUCACAGAUUUUGGUUUGGCAGAAUACAAGAAUGACCUUAAGAGAGUUUCUCUUGAAAAUUGGAAGUCUUCUGGCAAGCCGACUGGUGGUUUUCAUAAAAAAAAUAUGGUUGGAACUCUAAUUUACAUGGCACCUGAAAUAUUAAAGAAGGAGCUGCACACAGAAAAAUCAGAUGUCUACAGUUUUGGGGUGACGAUCAACGAACUCCUUACAGGUGUUGUACCAUAUACUGAUCUUCGUGCAGAAGCACAGGCUCACACAGUACUCGAGAUGAACUAUACAGAGCAGCAACUAACAGCAGCUGUUGUUUCUGAUGGAUUAAGGCCAGUCCUUGCUGCUCAGGAGUCGGGUGUACCUUCAAGAUUAUUAGCAUUAAUACAGAGAUGCUGGGAUGCAAAACCUGAAAAUAGACCUUCCUUUGAUGAUAUAGUUAAGGAGCUUGAUUCCAUCAUUGAGCGCAGAAGGGACGGUGACGAUGGACACCUCAGACCUUGUAAGUUGCGUGACAAUCAGGUUGUAGACGGGAGCAAUAAUCACCUUCAGGCUUAUCAAGAGAGCAUUAAUUGGUCUACCCUGGGAGAACUUCUCUCAAAGAGAUCCUCCAGUGGAACUGAUUCUAAAUUGCGAACCUGGCAUAGGGCUUUUGAUGAGCCUUUGGCUCACUGUCCAACACUUUCUUGGGGAUCUUAUGCUACCUGUGCGAGAAGGGAGACCAUGGAGGACACACAUUUCAUUCUUCCCAGCAUGUGCAAUGAAAAGGACGUACAUGCUUUUGGCAUCUUUGACGGCCAUAGAGGUGCAGCAGCUGCUGAGUUUUCUGCUCAAGCCUUGCCAGGAUUCCUGCAAGCUUUAGGUUCUAUAGGAAGUCCAGCUACCACACUCGUUGAGGCAUUCCUUAAAACAGAUUAUGCCUUCAGAGAAGAGCUUGAUUCCUGUCGUAAAUCCAGAAGAGUCACCCAGAAGGACUGGCAUCCUGGCUGUACAGCGGUUGUCACUCUUGUAGUCAGAAACAAGCUUUUUGUUGCUAACAGUGGUGAUUGCAGGACAAUCUUAUGCCGCGCUGGUUCUCCCAUUGCUCUAAGCAAAGAUCAUGUGGCAAGCUGUCCUGAAGAGAGAGAGCGUGUUAUUCGUAAUGGAGGGCAAGUUCGCUGGCAAGUUGAUACCUGGAGGGUUGGCCUUCCUGCACUCCAGGUUACACGUUCCAUUGGGGAUGACGAUCUGAAGCCGGCUGUAACUGCAGAACCGGAGAUAACUGAAACUACUCUAUCCUCAGACGAUGAAUAUUUGGUGAUGGCGAGUGAUGGACUGUGGGAUGUGAUGAGCAAUAAAGAAGUUAUAAGCAUAAUCAAAGAUACAGUGAAAGAGCCAGGAAUGUGCUCAAAGAGAUUGGCUACCGAGGCAGUGGAACGAGGUAGCAAAGAUAACAUUACGGUCAUUGUGGUUUUCUUGCGCCCUGUCUCUACAGCAGAGAGAAUUUAUUAGGACACCUAAGAAUUAUAUUAACGUGGUGCCUUGCGCUUAUUUGUGUCAUAUCCGUACUUCCUACGCUGUAGGUAGACCUUAGAGGGGUCAAUUUUUAUUUCUCCCUAGUGCCCGUUUGGUUCAAAGAACCACAGGGAACGUAAUGCUAGGGAAUAAAAUGUAAUGGCAUAAUAAUUAUAGAUGUGUGUACGUUGAUUCAUGUAAAUUUGAAUCCAGAUUACGCAAUCAAAGUUAUGUAAUGAGGAUUAUUUGAUUCGUUGUAAUCAGGAUUAACUUGUA